GUUAUCUCUGAAACACAUUGAAGUUCGAGAAUCAUUGGAAACGGAUGUAACGUCAGCCACACUUUCCAGUCGGUCUUUCCGGAAAGCUUCGCAACAUGGGUCGUGUGAGGACGAAAACUGUGAAGAAAGCAGCUCGUGUUAUAAUUGAGAAAUAUUACACUAAGCUAACGCUUGACUUUCACACAAACAAACGGAUAUGCGAGGAAAUUGCGAUAAUCCCCAGCAAGCCACUAAGAAAUAAAAUUGCGGGAUUUGUGACACAUCUCAUGAAGCGAUUGAGACAUAGCCAAGUCAGAGGUAUUUCAAUCAAACUACAGGAAGAAGAACGUGAAAGGCGUGAUAAUUAUGUUCCAGAGGUGUCUGCUUUGGAGCAGGAUAUUAUUGAAGUUGACCCAGAAACGAAAGACAUGUUGAAGAUGUUGGACUUCAACAACAUCACGGGACUUCAACUUACUCAGCCAGCAACACAAGGAUUUGGCAGACGCCCGUGAACUUUUGUUACUUGCUUUUGCUUAUGUAUCAAUAAAGCUUACAAAUAAUGAAA